AUGGAUAUCGAAUACCAAAAAGGAAAUGUAGGUGACCCUCUGAAUAAAAAAUGGGAGAACAUAAAAUCAGCUAUCAAAAAGGCAGCGAAAAAAGAAAAGAAAGAACCUAGAAAAGCAUGGAUUGACAAGGAAAUAGUAAAACUUAUAGAUAAAAGACGAAAAUAUAAAACAAUAAUACAAGAGAAGGACAACAAAAGUAUCGUCAACUAAGGAAUCAGGUUAACCGAAAAGCAAGAAAAGCCAAAGAAGAAUGGUUAGAGCAGCAGUGCAGCGAAAUUGACGAACUAUUCAAAGUUAACAAAAUAGAUUAUGCGUAUCAAAAGAUUCAACAAUUUGUGGGAAAAAGAAAACGAAAUUGCACUAAUAUCAGAGAUAAAAAUGGUAAAUUAUUAGUUGAUGACGAGAAUAUAAUAAAACGAUGGAAAGAGUAUAUUGAAGAGCUUUAUGAGGGAGAAAAACUGGAGGAAAUUACAACAGAUGAGGAAGAAACGAAAUUACCCAUUUUAAAAUCAGAAUUUGAGUUACCACUCCAUGACUUGAAACAAAAUAAAACUCCUGGGAUUGAUAACAUAACAGCAGAAUUAUUGCAAUGUGCAAGUACGAAGAUAAAGUACGUUUUAUAUAAACUAACUCAGGAUAUAUAUGAGAAAGGAGAUGUGCCAGAUGAUAACCGCAAAAGCAUAAUUGUAACUAUACCAAAGAAAAGUGGAACAAAUUUCUGUGAACAGUUUAGAACACUGAGCUUACUGACACACGUCUCAAAAAUCCUAACAAAAGUAAUGAAUCGAAGAAUAGAAGGAAAAGUGGAGCCUUUUAAGUGA